GGGGACUCGGAAUGGGGGACUCGGAAUGGGAGACUGGCACUGGUGGACUCGGAGUGGGGGACUCGGAAUGGGAGACUUGCACUGGUGGACUGGCACUGGUGGACUCGGAGUGGGGGACUCGGAGUGGGGGACUUGCACUGGGGGACUCGGACUCGGACUUUGCGAUGUUUGUGCUCAAGCCCCUCCAGCACCAAAACAACCAUCCGCCAAUGUUAUAGUGGCUGUUGUUGGUCCAUAGCUCGAGCCCCAGGUGAAGCAGAGCCUUCAUAGGACCCUCGAGUCGCAUUGUCGAACACCACAAGGACAAGUCGGAGCGUUAGCACGAGCCCACAGAUUGCAACAGCACGGAGCGGCUAUACUACACCGAUAACCAGUGAUCACGCCGGGGAGGCUCACAGGGUAAAGCGCCACGUACAGUGUCUUAGUACGUGGACAAUUCUCGGGUCUUUACACGCUGCCAUUGAAACGUGUUCACUAGACCAGGCUUAGCACCAGCGAUGUGUCCGUGAUCAGUUAUCAUUCAUUGUAUGAGGGUACACUGCCGCUGUUGUUGUUGUUGUUGUUGU